AUGUACUAUAUACAUUUAAGGCCGAAACACCGCCACGUGGGGCUCAACACCACCGCCACACUACCACUUGACUUCCUGGCGCGCAAGAAUUUCUCUUCAUCAACCGCAGUUGACGAAACAGCAACAUCCAGGCUAGGACUGGGAGAAAUGUGCGGCAUACACGCUGCUAUCUCCCAUAAUGUCACGACUUCGCCAUCCGGCACACUGGAGAUGCGCCUGCACAGCCGGGGCCCUGACCAUCUCGGCCGCCUGACCAUUGCUUUCCCGGACAAAUUCUCGCCGCUGUUUGUCUCGCUGACAUCUACCGUCCUGGCACUACGCGGCCAUGACACGACGGCCCAACCGCUAUGUGACCAGAACUCGGGGUCGGCGCUCUGCUGGAACGGCGAGGCGUGGAGGAUCCACGACAAGCCGGUGACAGGCAACGACGGCGAGCUUGUCUUGUCGAAGCUGGUGGCCGCAAGCGCCCUUGGCCAGGACGCCAUUCUGGGCACGCUGCGCGCAAUCGAAGGGCCAUUUGCCCUUGUCUUCGUGGACAGGCCGAAUAGGACGCUGUAUUACGGCCGCGAUCGCCUGGGACGACGAUCGCUCCUUGUAAAGCCCGACGACGACACGUUCCAGUUGUCGAGCAUAGCAGACGCGUCGACUGCAGGCUGGCUAGAAGUGGAAGCGGAUGGAUGCUACAGUAUCUCACUGACGGCAGGUAAUUUUUCUCCCACUGUAGAACCUGUGCGGCACGACUGGGACAGCAAUGGAGAGCUGAUCUCGGCGCUUGGCAUGUUCAAUGCGACCAUUCCAGAGGGACCACAAGAGUUGACAGAAGGCUCCGAAGCCGUCUCUACGUUGCAGAAUCACCUCCUGAAGUCGUUGAAGUGCCGUGUACAAGGCAUACCUGUGCCGCCUGGAGCAAAUCAGUCUCAGGCCCGUGUAGCCGUCCUGUUUUCCGGCGGCCUCGACUGUUCAGUCUUGGCCCGCCUUACCGACGACCUACUUCCAAAGGAUCAACAGAUUGACCUUUUAAAUGUUGCAUUCGAGAACCCUCGAAUAGCUGCUCAACACAAGGACAUCCAGGUUGACCAGUUAUUCGAACUGUGCCCAGACCGCAUCACCGGAAGGCAAUCAUUCGCAGAGCUAGUUAACUGUUGCCCUGAAAGGAAUUGGAGAUUUGUAGCAGUGAUGGGCCUCAUCUCCCCUCAUAACACUGAGAUGGACCUAUCCAUUGCCUUUGCGCUGUACUUUGCGGCCCGUGGGAAAGGUCUGGGCCAGACCGGCGUCGACACCGAGCCGUUCCCGUACGCCACGACGGCCCGCGUCCUCCUUUCCGGGCUGGGUGCCGACGAGCUCUUUGGCGGCUAUUCGAGGCACGGCAUCGCGUUCCAACGACGCGGCUACGAGGGCCUGGUUGAGGAGCUCACGCUCGACGUCGGGCGUCUGGGAAAGAGAAAUCUGGGCCGUGAUGACAGGGCCAUGUCUCACUGGGCGCGGGAGGUACGCUUCCCGUUUCUCGACGAACGCCUGGUGAAAUGGGCCAUUGAGACACCGGUGUGGCAGAAGUGCGAUUUCGGAAACGACCUUGCCGGUGAAGGGGGCGUCGAACCUGCCAAGCGCAUUCUGCGGCUCCUCGCCAGGCGUAUUGGCCUAGAGGCGGUAGCCUUGGAGAAGAAGAGAGCGAUACAAUUCGGUGCCAGGACGGCCAAGAUGGAAAGCGGGAGAACAAAGGGAACGACGGUCAUCGGCGCUAAUGAAGCGACAUGA